UCCAACUAUUGGUCUCUCUCCCUUAACGUGGAAGUAAAAAUCUAUCGAAUUCACAAGCAUAAACGUUAAAAAAGUGUACACGGGAAUUGCAGGAGCGGAGCUGAGCAUAGCAAAGCAGGAGAUGCAAGUCUCAAUGGACAAAUUUGGACAGCAAAUUCAUUUGCAAAUCCAAACCGAAAUGCAAGCCUAACUUCUCGUUGUAGAGAUAUGAGCUCAUACAUGUCAAAAUCAAUGAUAGGACGUGUGCUUGAGGUAGACAGGAGAUGGUCUCUGUACAUUCACAAUACGAGAGUACCCAGAAUGUUUCUCAAAGCUCUAGAGAUUUCGGGAGAUGGGUUGCUGUGGAUCCCUGCAACUGCUGCCCUCUGGCUCACUCCAUUUUCUUCCUUUGCAAUUCCCAAAAUCAGGUGGGUUUUACUCAAUCUCUUAAUAGGCUUCCUCUUUGAUCUGGUACUAAUUGGCUCUCUCAAGUCCAUAAUUAGAAGGCCUAGGCCAGAGUACAAUAAGGGCAUGUAUUUGGUGGUCUCUGUUGAUCACUGGUCAUUCCCCAGUGGCCAUGCUUCUAGGGCUUGUUUUAUCGGCUCUUUUUUAUGCUUAUGCUUGCAAUUCUUGGAAGCACAAAUCCCAGGAUCUGUCGGUGGCAAUCAAAGUGUCGGGAUUUUCAGGGCUGUGGUUAUAUUGAUAAUGGCGUGGGCCAUAGCUACGUCCACUUCAAGAAUUUUGCUGGGUAGGCAUUAUGUGCUUGAUGUUAUGGCAGGUGGAUGUUUGGGGGUGCUGGAAGCUUUAAUUGUUCAUAAUUUGCUUUCUGUUUCAGAAAGAGUUUCGGAAACUUCGUAUUUGUGGGUUGUGAGCAAUGCUUGUAGACAACAAAAAUAUUUGCCCUAUUCUUUCUGUAAGGACUUUAAUACAGGAAUUUAAUGUCUUCUCUGGUUUGAAUUUGAUGCAAAAUCUGUUGACAUCAAACCUAUUUGCCUUAUUCUUUUUGUAAGGACUUUAACGUAGGAAUUUGAUAUCUUCUCUGGUUUGAAUUUGAAAGAUAAAAUGUGUAGACAUCAAAGAUGUUACCUUAUUCUUUCUGUAAGGACUUUAAUACAGGAAUUUAAUUUUUUCUCUUGUUUGAA